AUGUCUUUCCCUAUUCAAACCGUGGCUCGCAGCUGCCGACAGCUCUCCGGCUCCGUCCGCCCAUCCUCCCUGCGCAUCGCGACCACAUACACAGCCCGCACGCCCAGCUACCGACGAUGGGAGUCCACAGAGGCCGCUGCUGCCCCUGUCAACCCUAAGAUUGCACAGAUUGUUGACCAGAUCUCCACGUUGACUCUGUUGGAGACUGCUGAUCUCGUGUCCAGCCUAAAGACCCGGCUCAACAUUCCCGAUCUCCCCGUUGGUGGCUUUGCUAUGGCCGCUGGUCCCGGCGGUGCUGCUGCUGCCCCGGCCGCCGAGGAGGAGGAAGCUGCCCCUGCCGCGGCCGAGAAGACCCUGUUCAACCUCAAGCUCGAGUCCUUCGAGGCGGCCUCCAAGGCCAAGAUCAUCAAGGAGGUCAAGAACAUGCUCGGACUGUCUUUGGUGGACAGCAAGAAGUUCGUCGAGUCCGUGCCCAAGGUCCUGAAGGAGUCUGUGCCCAAGGAGGAGGCCGAGAAGAUCAUGGAGACUCUCAAGGGUCUCGGUGCCAAGGUCGUCAUGGAGUAA